CCCACACACGCACUGAAAACACAGGACACUGAAAAGAACACGAGUUUGGCGUUUUAACCAAGCAAAGCUCACUAAACCUAGCUAAAAUUGAAACUGAGUUCAUUCUGGAGCAAACUCGUUAUCCAAGUGGACACUUCCAUCUGACAGGCUUCUUGGCAUUUCUAUUUUCCUUGGCCUCUGGAUUGACUCCUACACAGGCAGCCAAGGCAGUGCUGGACUGAUUGAGGAUAUCCGCGACCAUUUUCUCGCACGCACAAGUGAUUGCUGGGAGCUCAUGAGAACGUGGGAGCAGUUGUCCUCUGCCCAGUGUUCUCACAGAGGCCUAUUCCCAGCUACAAACCUGGAUUUUUCUGUACCAUUUCAAAAGUCGAAUAAAACCAUUUGCCGCAUGGGGAGAACACAUUUCCACUCAUCACUGAGACACAGGGAUUAUGUUUUUAAGAACCAUUUUGAACAAGGAGAAGAUCAUCUAAUAAUUGACUGUCAAAAUGCUGAAAUAUAAAACUACCUUCACUACAGUUUUGGUAGCAUUUAUUAUUCUGUGUAUAGUUGGGGUGAAUUCGCAACGCUGUAGCAUCAAUGUAACUGAAGGCAUCUCCACCACAGAAUCUAUCAUAAUGAAACUGACCACCUCAGAUGAAGACUGCAGUUUCAGGGUGACUUCUAAGGAUCAGUCCUCUGACACAGAAGAUUGUGUCCAACUUCAGGAAUAUAGCAAAACACAUGAGUGCAACAUUGGGAAUUUAGUGCCGGGCACCUUGUAUCAUUUCAUGAUAACAUCAGGAAAAGAUGGGGAGAAAGCCAGUGUUUCCCUACCAACUCGACCCACACCUGUUCAAAGCAUAUGGGUAUCUGGGGCCCCAAAUAGCCUGAAUGUCUCCUGGCACCCAGGGAAAGGCCAAGCAGAUCAGUUUCGGCUAUUGCUCAAGGACAGUCAGGGUGGGAAUGCUACAUGGAAUGUCACCUUGGGGAACACCACCACAAACUACUACAUACGUAGUCUGAUCCCUGGGCACCUCUACAACAUCACUGUAGUGACUGAGACACUGGGACAACAAAACGCCUUCUCCAAACAAGCCCGAACAGUGCCUACUGCUGUAUCUAACCUGAGACUGGAGAACAACAGUAGCCAGGACAGUCUCAAGGUGUCUUGGGACCAUGCUCUGGGUGAUGUUGACAGUUACCAAGUCACACUGUCAGCUCCUGGCACUAUUGCUGAGGUGAAGACUCUCCCGCCAAACACAACUGACACUUUGUUUGUUAACCUGACUCCCAGUCUGACUUACCGAGUCACAGUCACCACCAAGAGUGGAGAGCUUUCAAACCAAACCAGCAUCUCAGGAAAUACUGGCCCAGGUCGGGUGUCCCAGCUAAUGAUGGAGGGCGUGGCUGACCAAGCCGCCUUGAAGAUCAGCUGGAUACCCCCUAGUGGAGAGUGGGAAUACUACCGCAUCCUGCUGCUAAACGGCUCUCAGACACUGGUGAACCACACAGCUGAGAAGAACAUUCGGGAGUUUAUUUUCAGUGGGCUGGAUCUGCAGCGAGGCAGACUAUACAAUGCUGCUGUAGUAGUUGAGAGCAAAUUACAGUCCAACAUCGCCUACUGCCAUGGAGGAUUAGCUCCUCCACCUGUGUCUGAGUUGCACAUUCGUCAUGUUGAUGAGACUUCUCUCAGCGCUUUGUGGAACCAUUCUCCUGAACCUCGUGAUGGCUACACUGUGGAGCUUUACGAGGGCAAUAGCACAACCGCCUCUAAGACUCGGACUUUGUCUCGGGACAUGAGGGAAUGUACCUUUAAUGUACUCACACCUGGACGCCUGUACCGCAUCGUUGUGACAACCACAAGUGGAGAGCUCCGCAGCUCUGCUUCAGUGACAGGCAGGACAGUGCCUUUGGAAGUGAGGCAUCUAAGACUGAGUAACCAUGGCAGCACCAACAGCCUGCAAGCCAGCUGGGAGCGUCCCGGUAUGGAUUUGGAUAUGGACUCCUACCAUCUGCUGCUCCUCCACAACAACAAACUCAUCUUAAACAGGACAGUCCCAGCCAAUGCCACAGCCAGCCACCUGCCAAACCUGCAGCCUGGUGCCUCCUACAGGCUACUAGUGUCUACUGUCAGUGAAGGACAGGAGUCCAAACAGGCUGUUGCAGAGGGCCGCACAGUGCCAGCUGCCGUGGGUAACGUGACGGUCAGUAACAACGGGCGUCCAGACUUCCUGAGUGUGUCCUGGGAAGCAGCACCUGGUGAAGUGGACAGCUAUUUGGUUAUGUUGAAGGACAGAGAAAAGACUGUCCAUACACUGGCAGUGUCCAAGGCCAGUUCAGAGUGCAUGUUCAACUCCCUGGUGCCCGGUCGUCUCUACAGCAUCUCCAUUACUACCCGCAGUGGCAGUUACGAGAACCACACGGCAGUGCGAGGGCGUACACAGCCCGCCACAGUCCAGAGUCCAACGGCAAUCCACUCAGCCAGAGAUGACUUCUUGAAGGUGUACUGGCGUCAUGCAGAGGGUGACUUUGAUGAUUACCACGUUAUGAUCAAGCAUAACAACACCCUCCUGCAGAAUAAGACAGUCAACCGCUCCCUGAACGAGUGUGUGUUUAGCUCGCUGGUGCCAGGUCGCCUAUACACAGUCACUGUCAGUACCAGAAGUGGCCAGUAUGAGUCCAGUGUAUCUACGGAUGGGAGAACCUUCCCAGCAGCAGUGAGGGCUCUGGCCUUGGCGGACCGCAGUACCACUGGCCUCCGGCUGACCUGGGCUUCAGCUAUGGGAGACGUCGACCACUACAAGGUCCAGCUUCUCUUUAAUGACACGUGUGUCUUUGAGGCCACCGUAGGCAAUGAGGCCCAGGAACAACGGUUCUCCUUACUCACCCCUGGACGACUCUACAAGAUGGUGGUGUCCACGUUCAGCGGACCCUACCAGCGAACCCAGUUUAUUGAGGGUCGCACCAUACCCAGCCAGGUCAUGGGCCUUCACAUUGGCCCUGGAUCGUCCAUUGGUGCUCUGAAGGCUUCUUGGAGUCCUGGAAAGGGAGAUGUAGACUCGUACACAGUGGAACUCUUCCAAGGUUCUCAUCUCCUGGAGACUAAACGUGUCCCCAAGCAUGUCACAGAGGCAGACUUUCAGAAUCUGCAACCAGGCCAGUUAUACACAGUCACAAUGCAGUCAGUCAGUGGGAAGCUGAUCAACAACAGCACUGCCAGUGGAAGAACAGUUCCCUCAAUGGUGACUGCCAUACAGGUUGAACACACUACUCACAGUCUAACAGUUACCUGGGAGGCUGCAUUGGGUGUAUUUGAUGGAUACAGACUGCAGCUGCUGGAAGAGAGUGAUGUUGUAAUCUCUAAUGCGUCACUUUCCGCUGGUGUCAGUCAUUACAUUUUUGAGGGACUCACUCCAGGAAAGUGGUACAAAGUCCUUGUUCAAACCCUCAGUGGUGGUGUCCACAGUAAAGAUGCUAUUGCAGAGGGACAAACACGUCCAGCAGCAGUAAGUGGGCUGAGUGUGAGAACCAACACCACCAAUGAGUUAGCCUUCCGCUGGAAUGCAUCGGCUGGUUAUGUGGACAGCUACGACCUCUAUCUGUAUAAUCGUGAUGAGACUCUACACGACCAUAGCAAGGUGGGCCCAGGAGUGCGUGGCUGUGUCUUCAAAAACCUGCAACCUGGAACCCUCUACAAACUGGUGGUACUCAGCAGGCGCCGGGACAUGACCAAUGACUCCUCCAUCAGUGCUCGGACAGUCCCUGCCUCGGCAGUGGCUCUGCAGGUGGAGCACCAGGGUCAGACUGACAGUCUGUGGCUGAGCUGGAGGAGGGGUGCAGGGGAGCUGAGUGAGUACCAUGUAUCGCUCUACGGUCCCAAUGGCUCCCUGCAGGAGGAACAGCUGCUGGAUCCCAGACAGACUGAGCUGUACUUUCAAGGCCUGGUGCCAGGAAGGCUCUACCAAGCUGUGGUUCUGACCCGCAGUGGAGAGUUGUUUAAUACUGCCACGGCUGUUGGACGCACUGUUCCUGAGCCUCCAUCAUCAGUGUUAUUCAAAGGUGAUGCCACCAGUGACUCUGUAGAGAUGACCUGGCACACUCCAGCCACUGGUGACCAUGACAACUUUGAGUUGCAGUGGUUGCCGCGGGACCCUCUGUCUGUGGCGGGGCCAAAUCCCACCCGUCGUAUUAUUGGGGGGUUGUACCCUGGCAGACUGUACAACUUCAGCGUUCGCACUGUGAGUGGAGGCAGACCUGGACCUGUUACCUACAGCAGACCCAUCCACCAGACCAUCAGAACAAAGCCUGGGCGGAUCCAACGGGUCCAUUGCCACCCACUAAGCUCCACUGCUCUCUCCUGCUCCUGGACGGCUCCUGAGUCUGAUUAUGACACGUAUGCCGUGGAGUGCCGAAGGGAGGACUCGGAGCAGUUGGUGUACUCACAGACAUUAAGUGGCGAUAGUCUCUCGCACCACAUCGAUAAACUGGAUCCCUACAGACACUACACAGUCUCAGUGAGGCUGGUCUCUGGAGGACUGCACGGAGAGCCGGCCCAAGACAGCGUGGUGACCAUGAUCGACCGCCCACCUGUGCCACCUCCAAACAUUCGGGUCAACGAGAGGACAGCCCGCAUUACGCAGUCUACCAUCUUCUUCAAAUUCAACUGCAGCUGGUUCAGUGAUGUCAAUGGAGCGGUGCAAUUCUUCACCGUCGUCGUUGCUGAGUCAGACGAGCGUGAGACCCUGCAGCCUGAACAGAAACACCCUUUGCCUUCCUACCUGGACUACAAGUCCAACAGCUCCGUCAGAGCAUACCAGACCAGCUACUUCCCCAGCCACUGCACUGAGGGACCAGACAACGGGGGAAAGGUGUUUGAAAUCAAUUUAGGUGCUGGGAUGGACAGCUUGGGGGGUUCCUGUGACCAGGGACAGGAACAGAGUGAACACAUGAACCCUUUCUGUGAUGGUCCACUAAAGUCCAGAACUCCUUACAGACUGAGCAUUCGGGCUUUCACUCAGCUCUUUGACGGGGAGCAUAUUGAGGUUUCCCAGCCCCUGUAUACUGACACCUACCUGUCCCUGCCUCUCCUCACCCAAGCAGAGUCGUUAGGUGGAGUCAUUGAAGGUAUUAGCGCCGGCAUGUUUCUCAUUGGAAUGAUGAUUGCCAUUACUGCCCUGCUCAUCUACAGACAGAAGCUUCGCAAAGUGGCUGUACAGGAAGGGCCGGUGGUGCGUAUGAGCAUGUGGAAGGAAGUGCCCACUUCAGGGAUGUACAUGGGUAUCAGGAGCAAUCGGCGCAUCUCAAGCCCUAUUAAAGCGGCCCACUUUGAGUCCCACCUUGCCAAACUCCAGGCUGAUUCCAAUUACUUGCUCUCAGAGGAAUUUGAAGACCUGAAGGAUGUGGGCCGGAAUCAGCCUAUGGAUGCAGCUCGUUUACCCGAGAACCGUGGCAAGAAUCGAUACAACAAUAUAUUGCCCUACGACUCAACGCGGGUAAAGCUGUCCUACUUGGAAGACGACCCAUGCUCAGACUUCAUCAACGCCAGCUACAUCCCAGGAAACAACUUCCGUCGAGAAUAUAUUGCAACUCAAGGGCCCCUCCCAGGCACUAAGGACGACUUCUGGAGGAUGGUGUGGGAGCAAAACGUGCACAAUAUCGUCAUGGUGACGCAGUGUGUGGAAAAGGGCCGGGUGAAGUGUGAUCACUAUUGGCCAUUUGACCGUGAGCCGCUGUAUUACGGAGAUCUAGUUGUUCACAUGGUCUCUGAAUCAGUUCUGCCAGAGUGGACCAUCCGUGAAUUCAAGAUCUGCUGUGAAGGCCAGUUGAGUUACCCACGAAUAGUUCGUCAGUUCCACUACACUGUCUGGCCAGACCACGGCGUGCCAGAGACAACCCAGUCUCUCAUCCAGUUUGUGAGAACUGUCAGGGAUUACAUCGACAGAGCCCCCAGCUCUGGACCUACUGUUGUACACUGCAGUGCUGGGGUGGGUCGCACAGGGACCUUCAUUGUGCUGGACCGCGCGCUGCAGCAGUUGGAUAGCAGAGGCACAGUGGAUAUCUAUGGCUGUGUGUUUGAUAUGCGGCUGCACCGCUCACACAUGGUGCAAACUGAGUGCCAGUAUACAUACCUCCACCAGUGUGUACGUGACGUUCUAAGGGCCAGAAAGCUACGAUGUGAACAAGAAAACCCACUCUAUCCGAUCUAUGAAAACUUUAACCCAGACUAUUACAGAGAUUUUGUGUACACAGGGCACUAAUGAUCGCGUCACUCUCAACAUGACCUAGGGAAAACGACGUUGGCUAUUUUUCACAACAGGACAAGGGCAGAGAAAUAGCUUUUAUUUUUUUAUACAUACUAUGUUAACAAAGUUCUUGAAAUGUUACGGUUGUGUAUUUAAUGUUACAGAUCCUUGUGUAUAGAAGUAUUUAUGUCUGUCUUUUAAAUCGUUAAACCCUCUAUCAAGACUGUAUUCUCAGUUAGCAUUCAGUAGAACCUCAGAGAAAUUUCAUUCUUAUGUGAGACCCAUUUUGAAUCGGUUGAGCAUUAUGGGAUGGAAACUGUGUGACGUAUAGUAGAUUAUGUACUUACAAAUAAAAGGGCAUUCACCCUCAGAUGAACUGUAUAUAUUGCAGUUCAGUGACUAAAAAUGUGAAAUAAAAUUAAACUCUGAAGCAAUAAUUCAGAUUUUUAAUCAGGUGCUUCUACUACUGUGUAUUAUCGUAAAGUUAAAGGUUAAAUAGUUUUCUCUUUAAAUUAACUGCACAAUUGCAUCAAAAUGCUGGGUUCAAGGUUAAUGAUUGUAGCAGAUGCUCCUUAUAUAUGUGUCAUAAGAAAACAUACUGGUAGAAUUUUUUUUUUCUUUUUUUACUUUUCAUCAUGUAUUAUAAACUGUGCAUUUCUUUAGUCUUCAUGUCACUAGCUGUUAGUCUUAGAUACUGUUUUUGAAAUCCGUUGAUGUAUUCAGAUGUCUGAUUUCUUAUGGGUGUCUGGGUAAGGUGCACUGUAACUAUGUUUGCUAAUCCCAUGUAAGUACACUGUAACUAUGUUUGCUAAUCCCAUGUAAGCACACAGUAACUAUGUUUGCUAAUCCCAUGUAAGUACACUGUAACUAACAGAGAGACUGAUGCGGUCUCUGCUCUCUGCUGUAACACAUUCCUACUAUUAUGUAUUUUAUUCUACUGCUGUUCUCCUGCGAUGCUGAUUGCAUUGAAAUAGUAGAAAGUGACCAGAAACUGACAGCUGUAGGCUUGCAAACACAAGCACUCCAAAGCUUUUAAAUGUACUCAUUAAUCAGUUAGCUUUAUCAGCGCCACAUGUAGUGGAACUUCAAUUACACAAUGAGAUGUUUGAACAGAGUGUGAAAGUAGUGACUUACAGAAAUUUCCCUCAGUCGUGAAAAUGCCCUUUCGAAUUGGAGCUCUGGGAUUAUUAUCUUGAAUCACUGCAUAAACAGAAGUACAUUUUGAACUGCUGGUCUAGUUAAUGAAAGGCCAAAUCUAAGGAUGACAAGAUUAAGUCAUGUUAGUACUACUUGUUUAUGAGAACUAGCACAGAACAAGCACAGGACUGUGAAAAAUAUUAUUUAGACUUCAAUUUACCGUCAAAAUGGAAAUCACCUGACAUUUUAAAAUUUGGAUUUAGUCCAGGUUUUGGUGCAAAUUCAACUUGAUAUCUCUUGUUGCCCUAAAAAUUGUCAUCAGAAAGGAUGUUGACUAGUGGAUGUAUCACGCUCUUAUAACUCAUGCCAGGAUAUUAAAUUUAAUCUGAAUGGAUUUGAUUUAUGUCCCAUUAGAGACAAAGAGAAAUGUCACAGCUCUACAUUGAUUUGUCUCUAGAGAGAACAGUCUAUGAAUUAGCACAGAACAUUCCAGAAAAACACCUCUUGUCCUCAUGUUACCUGCCCCUCCUCCUCCCAGGAGGUUAAAGGUCAGCGUCAGAGAGAUUAUAAUAGGACGAUGCUGAGUGCCAUCAAAUCUCUCGCUCUCGUCUCCCCUGAGUGGAUUUACUGUGCAUUGAGCUAAGCUCUGCGUUGGAUUUUUGAAACACUGACCUGUUUUGUUUGAACACCAGGCCUGUUCACUUAGAGUGUACACCCUCUCCUCUCAGUAGCUUUCACAGAGUGUCAUAAAUGGUAAACCUUAUGUCUUGGACCUCCCCAUGCUUUCGAUAUCCCUGUGUGAUACAUACUUAGUGAAUCACUCUCUCACCUUUCACAUUCACUAACAAAGAUCAGGAUCCAACUCUCUCUCACUGUUACCAUGAUGCUGUCUCAUCGCUACUACCUCACAUAUGCUUGCAUGAGCUGGGAAGACGUGUAUAUUGAAGCCACAGUGUUAUUACUCAGUAGGGGAAGUUGCAAUGAUGUCUUUUCCACAUUCACUACAUCUUUCCACCCACUGACAAGAGUAUUGUGUUUUACUUUAAAAUGAAACUGCAUAAAUGCUUUUCUCCUCUUGUGAUGUGGUUUGAUGUAUAUUCCAUCCUAAAACAUUGUCUGCUUUAUAUGUUCAUGAUUCUUGAGCUGAACAGUGCAAAGGUUCCGCCAACUAUUGUAUUCUCAGAUUAAUGAAAGAGACAGAUUGUGGUUGUCUACCAAUCAAAUGUCUGUAGUAUGCAUAAAUCCAGAGUCUAACCUUUUAAAACUAUAUUUUUCCAUUGACUACUGUAUAAGAAUAUAAUUUUGUGCCUCUUCCUUGCUAUUUCUUCUUUCUGAUCCAAAUACACUGUGCUCUUUGCUGGUUCUCAAACAAACAAGCAAAAAAAGAAUGUAUAUAAUUAUUACAAAAGCAGACAAGUAGCCAUUUGUAUAUGCUGUACUAAAUAUAUGUAAUACCAAAGUGUUUAUUGCUAUGUACUCAAAGAGCAGCCUAAUUAAUUGAUUAUACUUCUGAGAAUGUUAGCAUAAGUAUACUAGGCAAAAUGCAUUAAUGUUAUAGUCCAAAUACAAAUACAUGAUGUAUAUGUGUUUCUUAGAGAAAAUAUUUUGCAUUUAUUUUAUCUACCUUUGAUGUUCUUGAAGUAUUCAAAUUGUCACCAAAAAAAGCAUAGAAAUGACUUGCAGUGUCAAAGAUUUCAUUUUUGAGUGACACUGAGGGACAACAACAAGGCUAAAAGUGUAGCUUGUGUCUUAGCAACACUGAACAUGCAGGCGCUGAUCUUGUUGCAACACCUGCUCAAACCUUCUUCUGCCUAUUGAGCGAGCAAUUACUCUCCACUUACUCACUAACAGGUGGGUACAGAACAGAAAGGCAGUAUAUUUCUCAGCCCACAUUUCACUCAACUGAAAAGACGUUUUUUUCUUUUUUUCAAAGGAUGGAGAUGUAUUUUGAUAGAUGGAUGAACAACUCUUAAAUUCUAAAUGACAAUAAAAAUUAUUUGAAUGUUUAAA